ACCGGAGCCGUGCGAGCCCCGGUGCUGCAGCCCCGCUCUGCUCACGGCCGGGACCGCUCCGCCAUGGGCGGCCGGGCGGCGCGGCCCCGCUGACCCCGCACACCCCGGGACCCCGGACUCCCACAUCCCGGCUAGUCCGGCAUCAUCCCGGCAACUCCGGACUCUGCUGUCCCGGGAACUCAGCUCCACAGCAUCCCGGCUCUCCGGGAACUCCGCUCCACUGAGCCCGGCUCCUCCACCUCUACUCCGGCAUCCCGGGAACUCCGUGCUCCCCCGGCACGGGAACUCCGCUGCGCUGACCGCUGGUCCCGGCUCCUCGUGAAUUCGCUGCAGCCCCCCGGCCCCCCGACGGCGUGACCAUGGCGUUCAUGGUGAAGAGCAUGGUGGGCGGGCAGCUGAAGAACCUCACGGGCGGCCUGGGCGGCGAGGAGAAAAGCGAGAGCGAGAAAUCGCCGGCCGAGGCGCAGGGCAUGACCCGCGAGGAGUAUGAGGAAUAUCAGCGGCAGCUGGUGGAGGAGAAGAUGGAGAGAGAUGCCCAGUUCGCCCAGCGCAAGGCGGAGAGAGCCACGGUCAGGUCGCACUUCCGAGAGAAGUACAGGCUCCCCAAGAACGAAACCGAUGACAACCAGAUCCAGCUGGUGGGAGGUGACGUGGAGCUGCCCAAGGAGCUGGCAAAGAUGAUCGAGCAGGACAACGAGGAGGAGGAGGAGAAGAACUCGGUUAUCGGCCAGCUCAGCAACAUCCAGAACCUGGACCUUGAUUCCUUGAAGGACAAAGCUUCGGCCACGCUAGAGGACCUGAAGCAAUCUGCGGAGAAAUGCUCCGUGAUGUGAUGGGGGCUGAGCAGGGAGGGGACGCAGCGCGGGGGCUGGCGGGGGCUGCUGCCUGCAGCGGGGACCCCAGCCACGUUGUCACCCCUGCCGCGUGUCACUCGGGUCCUCCUGAGCCGUGUGAGCCCUGUCGAGCCCCUGUGACCCAGAUGUCCCUGAUGUGUGGCUUUCGUUCCGUUCGCCGGGCUGAGCUUAGAGCCAAGAGCCAGCAUGUCCCCCCCGUACCCCAAGGCCUCCUCCCCGGGCCCGCAGCCCGCAGGCAGAGCCCCGCAGGUUGCAGAGAACGGGAGAGCCACCUUGGAGUGUCCUUGACCUUGCAGCGGUGGCCACACGCUGCGGCUCUGCCUCCACGUUUCCGCUCAGCCUCCUAGAAACGACCGGGAGGCUCCGAUUCGCCUCGCAAGGACGAGGCAGGGUGUGCAACACCCCCCUCCCCGUGUCCCCUAGCCAUGCCCCGAGAAAAGACAUCCCAUCCCCGCAAGGAACAGCCCCCCCGUGCCCUUGAGGGCCCCUCCGAAGGAGCCAGCCGGGAAGGAUCUGCCAUACGAUCCCGCUCAUCCCUGCGGGAAGGGCGGUGCUGAAGCCUGAAUUGACACCAGAGAGGAGCAAAAGCCCUCCCUGGUGCCGAGCUGAGCCCGCAGCAGCCCUUCCCCGGAGCAGUGGUGUCCCUCUCCCGGGAUGGGAUCCCGUCCUUGUUCCUUCCAGGAGCAGAACAAAGCCAUGAGGGAAUGUGUCCCCGUGCUCCCUGCUCGUCGUGCUGUAGUCGUGCUGUGCUCGGUUGAGUGUCCCUCACCUCCUGUGCUGUCCCCGUGCCACGGUACUGUUAUCACCGGUGGAAUAAAUACCAGGAGAUGUCUAUGCAUUUA